AACCGACGUGCGUGAGCGAAUAGCUAUGUGUUAUUUAUUUGCUGUGUUUUAGAUUCAAUUAAAGUUAUUGUAAUUUUGUGACGAUAACCAAUUAAAUAUUAUUGAUAUUAUCUGUGUAGGAGACUGAACAUUUUCAAAAUGCAGCCAGUCACAAAGAAUAAGAUACUCGACCUGCAGUCGAUACUAACAAAAAUGUCACUCGAAGUGUGCUGUGGGCUAGCGUUACCAGAAUUUGGAGUUACAUGGAAAGACGUGUCGCGUGCGGUUCGCAACUCGCGCCUGCCGAUGGUGCCAGCUAGCUUCGCGAGGGUGCUGUGCAGGUUCGCAAGUAAAACUAUGGAUGCGGAGGAGCUGGCGGACCUAGUGGCUCGGCUGCGGCUUAAGUUGAUAGCAACGCAGACACGUACUUGGCACGUCAUAACACUCCUGGACCCCCACACCGACCAGCCUGUCAAUGUGUUAUCUCGGGCUCUGCCCUCGCGCGUUAUACAGGCCCUACGAACUGCAAAGGGACCGAGGAAUAUGCGACCAGAGGUUCAAAUAGAUAAACUAGGCGAUCUAGUAUAUAUCAGUGUUCAAAUGACAUCCGAGAUUAAAGAAGGUGCUGUUUUGUAUAUAGCGACCCCGCCCGGCCAACCUGUAGCCGUUGUCAGUUCCCUGCACAGUGGAUUGUUGAAAACCUGCGUUAAAGCGCUCGGUUACGAAAAAUACGAAGACGCGAAUCUAAACGGACGAGACGUGCAUUCUCUAUUGCGCAUUUAUAACACUAGCAACACUGACCACGCGGACCACUUGGCCGGGCUGCCGGAGUAUCAAGUGUUGCCAUAUGUGACUAAGUCAGGAGUAGACUACACCGGCAGGAUGUAUGAUGAGGAGUAUGUGAAGAAAAUCAUUGGGCCAGAUCCGCCGAAUUUGUCCAAAUUGACCUUGACUUCGGAAAGGGACUUCUUCGACCCGGAGAGAUUGAACAAGAAAAUUAAAUUAACGCUUAACUUGCGAAGCGAAGACGUGGCUCGUACGCUGCACAGUUGGGCCCUCAAAGGGGCAAUUUCGCCUACAUCAGAGCUGUUCUAUAUAUUUCAUAAGAUAAAAUCUAACAAGAUCACUUUUAACGCUGAGUGAAUUUAUUUCGAUUAGACUCGAAACAGGAGAUAAUGUGACCUAUGUAAAAUAUAAAUCCGCUGACCUUAGUACAGUAUCCGUGGCUCCUUUUCCUUACCCUUCCCAUUUCUUUCCUUUUCCCCUUCUUUCAUCAACACUUUAUCCGCUACCUUUUGCAGGUGGCUAUCUAUUUAUAGACGCGUAAGUGAAGUCCCGUGUCCCCUAGUGGGGUAUGGGGCAGAUGACAUGCAUCUGUUUCACUGAUCGAUUUUCUUUGUGUACAAGUAGGUGAUCAGCCUUUUGUCCUGCUAGACUGAGAUAUUUUGUGAGUCUCCACCGGGAAUCGAACCCAGGAUCCCUCGGUUCUACGCUCACGCGUUAACCACUGUGCCAAGGAGGCGGUCAAACGGACACAAAA